GUGUAUGACAAAUUCAGAGUCAGGGACCCUUGUUGUUGUGCUUUGUUUGUUUGUUAUAUUUAGUUAGGUAUUUUAAUUGUUUAUUAUGUGUGAAGAGUCACUUCGUGGUUGCUUUUAACAAGUAUGCAUUACUUUGAGUUCACUGUACAAAGUUUUCCUGCAUGAAUGGACCGCUGCAUAAACUAUUAUGUCAGAUAUCAAAGCUGUUAUCCAGUUAUUAUGUCAACAUUUGAACAUUCUGUUGAAAGUUAACCUGAAGCCAGAGAAUUUCAGAUUAGCAAAGUUUAAUAACAAUAAUCCGGAAACGAUUCAAGAACUAUGGGAUACUCUCGUGAAGCUCUGUAAAGCUCUUGGUUCUAAAAUAUCGUUGAGUGAAAAAUGCAAUUCUCAAGUUUGGGUGAAACUUCGAUUGGCCUCUCAAGGCUACAACAGUGCAGAAUUUUACAGCCUACCUGCAGAUAACACGAGUGGAAGCCGGGAGUUGUUAUUAGCAUUGAUGUGGAUCAUUGCUAAUGAAAACGCUUUGGCAACCCUCACUCAAGAAUGCGUACGUCAGUCACCACUGUGCCAAGAGUAUUCAGAUGCUCCAACGCAAGAGGUACUGAAUGGCAGAAGUACUGUUUCUAUUUUGAACAGUCAAUCUAAAAAGGCUUUGAGUCUAGAAGAUCAAAUAAAUUAUUGUUUAUGGUUGGCAAACCAAAUAAAGUACAACAUAAACCAAAUUCAUGAUUUGGAAGAAGAAAGAAUAAAAAAUACCCAUAAGGUUCAUGAAGCAACUGCGGGAUCGAGUGGUCUUCCACAUCUGUCUGUCUUUGAAACAAAACUAGUUCGAGAUCCAGAACUCUUGAAGCAAUGGAUGCCUAAGCUCUCUAAACUGAAUGAUCUCCUUACAACCCAUUCAAAGUGGCUGAAGAAAAAAUCUGCUUUUUGGGAGUGGAUGGGCACUGUAGUGGAACUGAAGGAGAAGGAACUAAGCAGCAACUCUCUACAGCAGGGUGAUGAAAGUGCCUUGGCUGAUUUCGUAAAUGCUGCUCGCAUGUAUGCAGGAACUAGGACGCCAGAUACAGGAAGUAAUACAAUGGGUGGCUGCCCUCGCUUCUUCAUCAGUUCACUUUAUGCUAAAUCCACUAACAAUUUAGUCAGAAAAGCUAGUUCAAGCGACCUUCUUGCUGAUAUGGGGCUCAAUGAAAAUGGAGUAAUAAUUCAUGCAUCUGAUUGGUUAGCUCAAAUUGACACUGAACUUCAAGACAUAGAGAAAAUGAGGCAUGAAAAGUUGCAAGAACUCAACCUCCUCCUGCAAUCCAUGACACAAAAGCUGGGGAUAGUUGCUAUAGCCGAUGUUUCCAGUGGAGAGGUAGAAUCUGAAGACUGCUCAAAGUAAAAUGUAUUAGACUUAGGGUUUUUUGUUUAUUUUUGUGAUUGUUUAUUUCCUGGUGUGUUUGUCCAAUAACUUCUCUUGCAAAAUAUCUCAGAUUAACAGUAUUUCUUUCUUCUUUUUACUAAUGUAUUAGGCCUUGUUUGUUGUUUCCUCCAUUACACAAAAUGACAUGAUAUGGACAUGAAUUAUAUCUCUAUUUAAGUAAGUUAGCUUGCUCCCAGCCUCCUUGGAGAAUGUUAAAGCAUUUGACUGCUGAUCUGUGAUUUCUCUCAUUUUAAAAUGAAGUUGACCAAUUUUUUUCACAUCCAAAUUUGUGCAGUGUGCCAGUAACGUAUUGCCAUUGAAAGGUGCCUUUAUCAAUUCUUACAUUUGUGCCAUCCUUUCUGUUUUGAUGUGUAGAUUUGGCUCAAGUAAUUUAGAGCUCUGGUGGUGGUUCUGAUUCAGGAUUACUUUCCUUCUGUGUAUUUUUUGUUGGCCUGUGGAUUUAGUUGUUCAAUCUGUGCUUUAUUUCCCGGUGCGGACCCAAUUUCAAAUUCCUUUUUAAGGGCAAUAUUUUGCCAUUAAUUUCUUGUAUGGUUUUGUGUACUUUUUGAUACAAGCACAGCAUUAUUUAUGUGUGCUUUUAUGUUACCUGUGAUUUACUGAGUGUGAACUCAGUUUGACUAUAAUUUCAGAUCUGAACUUGCUGCCUUAUUCAAGUACUGAAUGAAUCUCUGUGAAUGCUUUGAUGUGAUCAGGAAUUAUUGUGAUCUGCAGGGUACUUUAGAGGAUUUUAAGAUGUCACCUGAGAAACAAGGUUUAUCACAAGCGACUGUAGAAUUUUCUUUUGUGUAAAUUGAUGUCUGUCAGGCUUGUGAUGUUUUGUUUGUCAAAUUUUAACUUACUCAACUAAUUUGUAAAGGUUUUAAAGUUAUCAAUUUGUUAUGUUUUUGCACCUCAGAUAACAAUAAAGGUAAUGUCUUUGGAG